CCAUUUCAACGACUCGAGCUCCACGACAGCGGGCAGUGUACGGAAUACUGCGUCUUUGCGUAGUUGGUAUGUACAUACACCUGUCCACACCGCAGUGCCUAUUUGCUUGGCUUCCCGCACGACAAUCACGACAGAUGCGAAAGGGGUGUUGUGGGAUUGGUCAUUGGUAGGAGAGAAGGAAUCGUGAAACGGUGCGGUCUCUAACGACGACUGAAAAGAAUCGAAAUCCCAGACUCGAACGAGGACAGGCUACUCCGUAAUCCGUACACUACUACACUAUCAGACAGUUUCCACACCUGACAACCGGUCGGUCGAGCCGUCGCCGCAGAACAGAGCCGAUGCUCCUCCAUGGCAGCUUCUCAUAGCACUUCGCCGCCCCGCCGCCCGCUAGUACCGACGCCAUGUCUAUGUUCUCGACCAUCACGACCGCGCCGGCCAAGCAGUCGGUGAGCGAGACCAUCCCCGUGCUCAGCGGCCGCCUGAGCACCGCGACCCUGCUCGAAGACCGCCGUGCCGCCAUCCUCGGGCUGCGCAGCUUCGCGAAACAGUAUCCCGCCUCGGUCGCCUCGGGUGCCCUGCGCAGCCUGAUCGGAAGUCUCAGUCGCGAUGGCGAAGACGUGGACACGGUCAAGGUGGCGCUGGAGACGCUGCUGAUGCUGUUCAGCCCGGAUCCGGACAGCCCAGAAGCCUCGGAGGAGAUUGCCCUAUGGGUAGCCGACGAGUUUACUCAGCGGCACGAGAACAUCGCCUUGCUGCUGGGCUUCUUGGGUCCGGAGAAGACCGAUUUCUACUCGCGGCUCUAUUCGCUGCAGCUACUGUCGGCCAUCCUGUCUGCCCGGACCGAGAGGACGGAGGAGUGCGUCGUCAACACGAGCGACGGCAUCCCCCGGCUCGUGGCGGUGCUCGAAGAUCCGAGGGAGGCAGUCCGCGACGAGGCCAUCGGGCUGCUCACGGACCUCACGCCCACGUCCAACGUGAUCCAGAACCUGGUCACCCUCGAGAAGGGCUUUGCGCCCAUAUUCGACAUCAUCGCCAAGGAAGGCGGCCUCGCAGGUGGCGCGAGGGUGGUGGAGGAUUGUCUCAUCCUGCUGGCCAACCUUCUCCGGCUGAACCCGCUGAACCAAACCAUGUUCCGGGACAUGGGCCAUGCUGCGGACAUCAGUCGGCUCUUGAAGGAAGCCUACAAGGGAGGCGGGGACGACCAGGAGGUCGCGCAGUGGGUAGAGGUGCAGCGUAACAGGAAUGUAUACGCCAUGCUUGCCGUCAUCCGGCUGCUCAUCGUGCCCGGCGCAGCGGGGACGUCCCUGAAUCAGGAAGCGUUGGCCGGCGACCUGGUGUCCGGCGGGCGGACCCGCGCGCGGGGAGGCCCGGUCCUAGAGAGCACUCUCCAGAUUGCCUUUUCCCACGUUGCCGAGCUGCCGAUCAAAGCAGAAGCUCUACUAGCCUGCGCUGACAUGAUCAGGGGCAAUGCUGACGUACAGACGAGGUUUGCCGGCCUCCAAGUGCCGUCACCGCUCGCCGCCCCGAUCGCCAACGGCCACGCGCACGCCGCCCAGAUCAACGGCGUUCCCAAGGUCUAUAUCAUCGACGGUCUGUUAGACCUGGUUCUGGCCGUACACUCGCUGCCGGCGUUCGACCUGCGCAUGGCCGCAUGUACGUGCCUGAAGGCGUACUUUUACAAGCACGCCGAGAUUCGGAUGCACUUUCUCGACCACGCAGUCCGGACGCACAAGGCGCGUGCUGACGAUCUGACCAACGCCCUGACGAUCCUCCUCCAGCCCGACCCGGAGACGGCCGCGGCGGAUCCAUACAGGUACUGGUUCGCCGCCGUCCUCAUGCUCCACCUCUUGCAUGACAACCCGGAGACGAAAGCGCUGGCGAUGAGCGUCACCGAGGGCGACGAGGCCAGUGGCGAAGAAGUCGUCACCAGUAUCCAGACCAUGACGGCGCACCUGCUCAGCAGCGUCGCCAAGUCGGAAGACCCGCGCAUCAGUAUCGGCUACCUGAUGCUGUUGCUGUGCUGGCUGUUCGAGGACCUCGACGGGGUGAACGACUUCCUGGGAGAGUUUACCAAUCUUCAGGGCCUGAUCCAAGCGGCGAUCGAGAACCCCAACGGCGACGUCAUGGUCCAGGGGCUCAGCGCGAUGCUGGCCGGCGUCGUGUACGAGUUCUCGACGAAGGACUCCCCCGUCCCGCGCGAAAAGGUCAAGGAGAUGAUCAUGUCGCGCAUGGGCCGCGACCGCUACGUCGACAAGCUCUCCAGGCUCCGCUCCCACCCCUUGAUGCGCGAUCACGAGGUGAUACCGCAGAAGCUCGAGCCGGCGCCCGACCAGAAGCUGCCCGACGUCUUCUUCGACGACACCUUUGUCGAGUUCUUCAAGGACAACUACAGCCGCAUCCUGCGCGCCAUCGACCGCGACCCGGACUCGGAGACGUCCGUCAUCACCAACGGCGUGCAGAAGGGCGUCUCCCGCAAGCUCGUCGACUCCCUCAGGGCCGAGGUGGCAGACAAGUCGGCGGCGCUGCAAGAAGCCCAGACGCAGACGGCGUCGCUGGCGGAAGAGCUCGCCCGGGAACGGACGGCGCACGAGCGGGCCAAGACGGCCCUCUCGGCCGACCUGGCCGCGCUCCGCCAGCAGGUCGCCGCCAAGGACGUGGCCCUCCAGUCGGCCGAGGCGACGUCGGCGCACCUCGCCCGCCAGCUGGCGCACGAGCAGCAGGAGCACCAGCGGACCCGGGCCGAGGUGGCGCGGCUCAAGACGGUCAACGCGGCGCUCCAGCAGGGCCACGCGCAGGAGGUGGCGGCGCUGCAGGCGCAGGCGCGCGCCAAGGAGGACGAGGGCCGCCGGCAGGCCGAGGCGGCCAGGAAGGCGGCCGAGCAGGAGGCGGAGCGGGUCCGGCGGCGGGCCGAGGCGGAGAUGGCGGACCUGCGGGCGACCAUCAGCCGGCUCGAGGUGGACCUGAUGAAGGCCAACAAGGCGCGGGCCGCGGAGGAGGAGCGGGCCGCCAAGCUGGAGGGGUCGGUGACGGACAAGGAGGAGGAGCUCGGCCGGGCGGAGGGGAGGGCGAAGGAGGCCGAGCGGAGGGCUGGCGAAGCGGAGGAGAGGGCCAGCGAGGCCGAGGGCAGGAUCGAGGAAGCGCGGUGCGGGGUCAAGGAGGCCGAGGAGAGGGCGAGAAAGGCCGAGGCGGAGGUGAAGGAGCUGAAGGCAAGGUUGAGCAAGACGGAGAAGGAGGUUGAGGAGGCGAAGAAGGAGGUCAAGGCCAAGGAGGAGGAGCGGAAGGGUGCGCAGAGCGAGCUGGAUGACAUGCUGGAGGUGUUUGGGGACCUGGAGGAGAAGGUGACCAAGUACAAGGGACGGCUCAAAGAGCUCGGACAAGAAGUAUCGGAUGGUGAGGAGGAGGAAGAGGACGAGGAGGACGAGGAUGGGGAUCAAGACGAUGAGUAACAGGGUAACGACAAUGGAGACGAAACACAGGGGAGGGGGGAAGGUUUUACAAAUGUCGUUCCCAAAACGGUGAGUUCGAGGGCUGUGUGAGCUUGUCCAAAUAUAAAUACGUCAAAAGAAGGGCGAGGGUAUAUAUUGUGUGCAUUUUACUAGCGGGCACGAGAGCAUCAAUUCUACGGAUUACUACUACCACAGUUACCACUGCGGCAAGACUUGGCCAAGGUGGCUGGACUGGCGCACAGAGCUCACUAUCCCGUCUCAUCAGCAACGAGGAGCGACAGAGACGGGAAUGGGUUCGGAGUGCCCUGAAGCUGCUCAAAGAGGAG